AGUAUUUUUUCUAAGUGCAAUCAUGUCUGCAGGAAAAAAAAGGGUCUCAUUUGGUUUCAGUAAGUUGGUGAAAAAACCAAAGGUAAUACUUCCUGCUCUGAAACCAGCAGAGACUGUCAAUUUCAUUAAGUGUGUUGAAAACAACAGUGUUCAAGUGUUUGAUGAAGUCAUCGAAGAUGAAAAAGAAGAACUAGUAAUCCCCAUGAAGCCAUCUUCACAAUCAUCUGACUUUAAACCCGAAGCGACGGAUUCCUCGAACAACCCUGUGCUUGAUAGUAAAAAGCCGGAAUCAUUGGAUGAAUUGGCUGCCAAAGAACUCGUUGCUGAGGCCAACAGGCUUCAGAAAGAAGAAGAAGAAGCAAGUACGAUUGUAGUACCUAUAGUGUCAAAUCUGCCCUCUGGAGAGAAAGAAUCAACUUUAGAAGACUUUAAGAGCAUUCCAAUUGAGAAGUAUGGCCUCGCCAUGCUCCGAGGAAUGAGCUGGAAGCCUGGCAUAGGAAUCGGUAAGAAUGCCACUGGCAGGGGGAUUUAA